UCCUAGAUCGCUGCUGAUUGAUGGGUGCAGCAUUACCUUUCAUCGUCAUGACGCGAUGCCCGGGAGGCCGGGACGUGAUCGCAUUCUGACAAAGCGUGUUAGGGUUGGCUGACACACGGCGGGCGUCGCUAAUCUCGCCUUGGAUUCCCGGCGACCGAUUGGGAGUUAACCGAUUUUUUAUAUUGGCGACGACCGACUAGUCGUCUCGGCGAGAAAGCGAGGCCGUAACCGGAGGCGUCAAGCGUGUGUUUGGUUCGGUUUCGUGUGCGGAGCGGAGGGAGGGCGGCGCGGCACCGGCAGCGAGAGCCAUGGCCGCGGUGCUCGGCGCGUUCGUGCCGGACACCGCUGUGCGGUGGCGCGGGGUGGUGGUGGGGGACGUGGCAGGGCGGGUCGGCGUCGCGGCGGAGGCCCGGGCGCUGGCGGGGAGGCUGGAGCGGGCGGGCGCCGCGGUGCGGGACGCCGAGGCGCGCGCCGCGCGCGGGGACGAGGGCGCCGCGCGCUGGCUCGCCAAUGUGCGCGCCGCGGCGUACGAGGCGGACGCGGCCGCCGACCGGUGCAGGGUCGUGGCGCGCCGCCGCAGGGCCCGGGAGCAGCAGCAGCCGAAGCCCCAGCCCCAGCCCCAUCACCAGGCAAGAUCGUCAUUGCCGCUUCAAUUACUUCUCCACGAACUGUGAUGCGAUCACGGCGCUAGCUUCUUCAGUGCCCGUCGCAGCAGGUCUGUCGAUUGACCCGGCUCUUUUGCCUUUUCCUGAUCGGCGGCAGGCUCUUCCUCGGCUGCUGUCCUCCUGCUGCGACGCGGACGUGCCCGGCGGCGACGUCGCCGCCGACAUCAGGAGCCUCAACCGGAAGCUGCAGGUCAUCCUCAAGGAGAAGAGCCGGCUGCAGCUCCGCUCAUUCCUCGGCGAUCACCACGCUGCGCCCGUGCGGUCGGCACCCCGUCUUCGGCAAGCUCCGGGGACCUGGGCACCUGGCAGCGGCAUCGUCGGCUCAAGGAUCGAGGACGACGCGGCCGGGCUCGUCCGACAGCUGACGGAGGCGGACGGGCAGGCCGGCUGCGCCGUCGUCGCCAUCAUCGGCCCCGACGGCAUUGGCAAGACCACGCUCGCCGCCAAAGUUUACGGCAGCGAGAGGGUACGGCGCAGCUUCGCGGCAAGGUCAUGGGUGCGCGUCCCAAGGGAGUACACGGAGGCCGGCCUGCUCUCGCAGGUCAUCGACUCGUUCGGCGGCGACACGACGGGCGGCGAGAGCUUCGCCGACCUCGAGAGGACGCUGGCGAGGCUGGUGGGGAAGAGGAGGUUCCUGCUCGUGCUGGACGACGUGCGGCACGGUGGCGUGUGGGAGGACGUGCUGAGGCGGCCGCUCGAGGGCGCUGGGCGCGGCAGCAAGGUGCUGGCCACGGCGCGGCACGGUAGCAUUGCUCGGGAGCUGGGCGCCGGCCACGUCCACCGCGUGAAGAGGCUGGGCGCCGACGAUGGCUGGCUGCUGCUCCGCGCGGCCGCCCGUGUGGUCGACGAGGCCGCGGCCGCCGAACUGAAGGACGUCGGCGAGAGGGUCGCCGAGAAAUGCGGCGGCGUGCCGCUGGCGAUAAAGGCCGUCGCUGGCGUACUGAGGACACGGGAAGCGAGCGCCGGGGAGUGGGCGGAGGUGCUCGCGAGCCCGGCGUGGUUGGUGAAGGGGCUCCCUGAAGACGCCAUGAAGCCGCUCUACCUGUGCUACGACGACCUGCCGUGCCACUUCAAGCAGUGCUUCCUCUACUGCUCAUUGUUUCCAUCUGACUACGCCAUGGACAGGCGCGUGCUCGUGCAGCAGUGGAUAGCCGAAGGCUUCGUGCAGAUCAGGGCAGACGCCGGCGUCGAGGAGGUGGCCGAGGAGUACUACGACGAGCUCGUCAGAAGGCACCUUCUCCAACCGGCAGAGGAAGAUGAACAUGGCGUCGCCGCGCGGUGCACCGUGCACGACAUGCUGCGAGCUCUGGCUCAUCUGCUCGCACAGGGUGAGGGCUUGACCGGCGACUCGUACCGGCUGUUGGUCGACAGCGACGCCUCGUUCGCGCCACGCCGUAUUUCGUUCCCGAGAAGAAACCUGGCUGUAAUACCGGAGAAGAUUCUGAAACUAGAGGGGCUAAGAACGCUUUUUCUUCAGAAGAACCCACUGACAAUUGAAGGAAGCAUCUUUACAAGAUUGGAGCAUCUGAAAGUCUUGGACCUCAGUGAAACGGAAGUUGAACUCAUUCCGGAUAACCUGGGGAAUCUUGUUUACCUGAGGUUCCUGAACCUGUCUCACACAAGGAUUCAGGCAAUUCCAGAAUCCAUUGGCAAUCUGUGGAGCCUGAAAUUCCUUCUGCUAAGAGGAUGCAAGUCACUGCACACCCUGCCAAAAGGGAUAGAGCAUCUCAGAGGGCUCAGAGACCUUGACCUGGCCGGCACGGUGAUCGACGACGCGGCAUUCAGGGUAGGCCAUCUGAGAAGCCUCACAUCACUCCGGUGCUUUGCUGUGACGAGCAAGGAGGCGCGAGCUGCGCAGGAUAGGAGCGGGUGGCCUCUGGAUGAGCUCAAGAACUUGUCUCAGCUGAGAACACUGCACAUACAGAAGCUCGAGAAGGCUGCUGGUCGAUCAGAGGCAACUGAGAUGUCGCUUGCAGCCAAGAAAGGCCUCAGGGAGCUCGAGCUGUCAUGCAGCGGCACUGUCAGGCCGCUUCAGACACCGGAGUUGGUCAGAAAGAUUGAGGAUAUCUUUGAAGAGAUGAAUCCACCAUUGUGUCUAGAGUCACUGAAACUUGUAAACUACUUUGGGACAAGGUUCCCAAGAUGGCUGUCAGUGACCUUCCUGCCAAAUCUCCGCGAUCUGGACAUCGUCAAGUGCAACUUGUGCCAGUCUUUUCCUCCAUUAGGCCGUCUGCCAGAACUGAGAUCGUUGUACAUAGCAGACUCUUCAGCUCUGAAUGACAUUGGUGCAGAGUUCAUGGGUACUAAUCACCCCCACCAGGUGCCAUUUCCAAAGCUAGAAAACCUGCACUUGCAAGGGCUGCAGCAGCUUACGACAUGGAGAGACAUCGAGCCAGGGGCAUUUCCAUCUCUGCAGGUACUUCAGCUUGAGAGCUGCCCCAAGCUGCAGCAUCUUCCUGCAGGCCUCAUACAUGUUACAUCCUUGACUGUGCUGCGCAUAGCGGAUAUGGCGAGCCUCAAGGCUGUGAAUGACAUUGCUACACUGAGGGAAUUGAGCGCUUGGAACACUCCCAGUUUGAAGAGAAUAUCAAACCUGCCUUCCCUUGAAGACAUCAACAUGUGCCACUGCCCUGUGCUGGAGAUUGUGGAGAACGUCGACGGACUACGGACAGUGCACAUCUUCGAUCAUGAUUUGCAGGAAAUGCCCAUAUGGAUCGAGGCACAUGCUUCCAAGCUUCAAUCAUUGAAUUUCACAAGCACAGUUGGGCUACUGAAAAGGUGCUUGGUUGACGGUCCGGACUGGCCUGUUAUUAAGGACAUCAAGGAAGUUCAUGGAUACUCCACUGGUUCCAGUUACAUAUACUACACCAGGAGCCCUUAUAUCUUUCAGAGCAAUGUGAGUGCUGAAGAUAACCUCGAUGCCAAAGAGAAUUCAGCAGAUCCUGAUAAUGUUGAUGAUGUUUCAGUUUCAUCUUCAGGUACUGGUUACCUAGAAAUCAGAGGCUUCUUUGACUCAAAAGCAGUGGAGUCAGGAGCUACCAGGACAGAAGACAAUGUCUCCCGUAGGAACAUGGAAGGGUCCAUCCCGAGGUUCACUUGCCAUCGCUUGCAUAAGAUAUCAGAAGUUGUUCCUGAAGAUGACGAAGAUGAGGAUGAAGCUGAUUCAGCUGUACUGUUUCCUACUGAUCCAACCAGAGGUGCUACAGUUCUGGAGAGAGGUCAUCCUGCCAUCACUGAUGUUCAUACUAACAAUGAUGAUCUUGGUUCAUUGUCAAGAGAGACAACUCAUGAGUCUCGAGCAAUCACCAAUGAUGGAACACAUGAUGCCAUUGGUAGCUCGGUUUUCACAAGGCGAAGAGGGUCGGUAACAGUAAACGAUGUUCCUUCUGAUGCUGGCACUGAUGCAGAUACUUAUGUUACCAAAUCUGCUGCUUCAAUUGGUCGCAACUUGGUCCGACAAGGGUCUCGAGCAAUCAGCAUUACUGAAAUCGAUCAAGCUUUGAACUUCAGUACUGUUCAAAGUAAGGAACAUACAUCCAAGAAAGGAGAAGACAUCGCAGCUGAUGUUAACAUUGCUGAAGAUAUUAGCCCAGCUCAUUCCAAGAAAGUAAGAUUCAAACAAGGAAAAGAUUUUGCCGAGACCACUACAGCUACUAUCUGUUCGUCCAAUAUGGUAAUCCAGAAACAUAUUAAGAAUCAGACUGCAAAUUGUGCAAAUGGAAGCGCAAAUGCAGCUCCAAUGCCAGAAAAUCCAUCACGCGAAGAAGCAUCUAAGAAAUCUACUGGUGUCAUCGGUAGCAGUUUAAUCCAUGAAGCAUCACAUAAAGUCUCUGUUACCGCAACUACUCAACGUUUGGAUGCCACUUCACUCUGCGGCCAACAACAGCCACCCGACAAAGGGGAAGAAGGUUUUGUUGCUCUUUGUGCUGCUGGUGCUGUUGAUCAGAAGGAAGACAGCAACAUAAGUUCACCACUCAAGCCAAAUGAUGAAGAAUACAAAGCAAUCAGUGCCACUGAAACUAAUUGUGAUUCAGGGUCUUGCAAACUGCCCACCAGUUUGGCAUUCAGAAACCAACAAGCACAUAAGACGCAACGGACUGUUUUUGCAUAUCCAAGUGAUGACCUCAGCAUGGGGAGCGGAAUCCCUAAGGAAGUUAGCAGCAAAUGUGCAGUUGGCUCAGUGAAAGAUUCAUCUGUUGAAGCAGCCAAGAGCAUCGUUCCUUCUGUGUCCAGGCCAAUGCGCACCAUAUCCCAUGCCCUUGAUGUCAAUGAAGCACCGAUGAUACCAGAAGCCAACACGGCAAGCAGAUUCCCGUCCAAAGCGGCGGUGAGCCACGGUUGUACCCGCGACGACGUGCCGUGCUCCAUCGACGCCAGGGAAGAAGGCGAAUCUCACCAAGCGCCGAAGGUGUACACGGCCAUCUGGGCCGACACCGACACGGACACCCUGCGCGCCCGGCUACUCGACUCGAUGCGGCACCUGCGCACGAUGGCUUCCCGGCGGCGCCACCGGCGGAGGAAGCGCGGGUCCAAGAACAAGUGGAGCAUCGGACCGGCGCUGGUGGCCGUCCUCCUGCUAGUCUCCGUGGUGCAGCUGUUCUUCAUCCUCUGGUUGUGCAGGAGGCUUCCGAAUAAACCAGACAGAAUGUAAAUACACCUGUCCUACUUGUGCGUUAGAUUUGCAAACGAUGCUAGCAUGCUACUAGUCUCUUGGGUUCUUGCAAUUUUGCAUCACGAAUUCUCAUUGAUUCGAGGACAAUUAGACCAGUCUUAGCGGAAAGUAUCAUCGCACAGUUACCGAAACUAUAGACUUGAUAACGGUGCCGGAGGAGUGUCAUCACCAUGACAAACCUUUCUCAUUCUAUAAAAUUU